CUUAUAUUCUACGAUCCCCUCUAUCCCACCCACAAAUACAACCAAAGAACAAGAAGAAGAAGAAAGCGCACUUCGAAGCCGCGAUAAUGGGGGACGAAUGCACCGAGAGCUCUGUUGCGACCUCCUCCACGCCGCCGAACUGGUGGGAUAGCCAUAACCAUAAUCAUCAUCAUCAUGGUUCUCCUUCUCUCUCUUCCUAUAGUUCCCACUGGCCUCACCAAAACCCUAAUUCCAACACCUCCUGCGACCAAGAUGUUUCCCUCUCAACAUCUUCGUUUCACUCCGCGCUCACCGUUGAGUCGUCCCGCCGCCUCUUCGACCCUCUUCCUUCCGACAACCAACUCUGGACCCAAGUUUUGCUGAACAUAGGAAACGGUGUGGAAUUGCAGAGCGACGAGCAAGAGAUAGGAGAGAACUUCUUGGAGGCAAUAUCAUCAAAAAACAUUUCCACCACCGGAAUCUUCGAAUCCGCCGCCUGCAGCGAUUACCUUAAAAAAAUGGACACCAAUUACAACAACAACUGGAACAGUUUCCCUAUUUUCGACGCAAAUAAUAAUAACAAUAAUAAUAAUGGGCUAAUUACGACCCACAGCCACGCGGCAGAGAACGAGAGGCUGUUGAAGCUUUCGAGUCUUGUAAACACGUGGUCCAUCGCUCUGCCAAUGGACGACGAACCCGACCACCUCCGAGCCGCAACGGUCCCGUGUUUCGGCCAUGGUUUGAAAGCGGAGGCACCCGAGGCAGGCACGGUGGCUCCGAUCCGGCUCGAGCCAGGUGCGGCCUUGUUUCGGAGGUCGUUUGGCAGUGGUGGGUUCCAGAAUUCGAUUGGGGCGAAACAGUAUGAUCAUAGCAUGCAACUCGACAACGCGGGCACUAGAAAUUUUGCUGAUUAUAUUUCGUUUAACGGUCGACUGGGGAAACCGGUGAUCAAUAUCAACGGCAUCAAUAAUCCGUGUUUCAAGUCAUUGAAUUUAUCUGCAGAUACUAAGAAGCAGAUUCACCAAACUUCUUCACCAACAAGAAUAAGUGGACGAGGAAGUGGAGUUUCGAGCGAAGGGAAGAAAAAAAGAUCCGAAGAAUGUUCCGAAACUGCCACAAAGAAAACAAAGCAAGAAAACGCAACCGCUGCAUCUAACAAGAUGCAGCAACCAAAGGUCAAACUUGGGGACAGGAUAACGGCCCUUCAGCAAAUUGUGUCGCCAUUUGGAAAGACUGAUACGGCGUCGGUUCUAACCGAAACCAUUGGAUACAUAAAGUUUCUACAAGAGCAAAUCCAGUUAUUGAGCAAUCCAUACAUGAAGACAAAUGCCUACAAGGACCCAUGGAAAAGUACAGAAAGAAAGGACCCAAAAGGGGAUGGAAAGAUCGACCUACGGAGUAGAGGACUUUGUCUAGUUCCGAUUUCAUGUACACCACAAGUCUAUAGGGAGAACACAGGAUCCGAUUAUUGGACACCUUAUAGAGGCUGCUUCUAUAGAUGAUCUAUAAAGAUUUUCUUAGAAGGAAUAUAUAAUACGUAUUUCAUUUGCAAAGGUAACAAAAUAAACUUGCAUCCCUCACUUUCGUCUUAUGUAUUUCUAAAUUCAAUUUCAAAUGUACAACUGUAGUAAAUAAGGCGCAUUAAUGUGGAAACAAUAUUUUACGGCUUA